CCGACUUGCUUCUUACGGCAAACAUGGCGCUGCACACAUUAUCUAAGUAAAGAAAUUAGGUACUGAAGCAUAGCCGCUAGUGUGUUUGUUGUUUUGGGUUCUUUUUUGCUCAUUUGUCCUUUACAAAGUUCUAUUUAUUAGCAUAGUGCAGCAGCAGGUCUCCGCGCUGCUUAGCAGAGUUGUUAAGCCUUCAGAGAAAUGGCAGCUCAGGGAGGCGUCGCGUUCCAGGAGAAGGUCAGCAGGCUGGUGAGCCGACAGAACGGAAAACCAGUGCUGAAACCCAGCAGGGCUCUGGCUCUGGGAGAUACUGUAUCCAACCGCAACCCCAAGAAAAGAGAGGCUACCUGUAUCACCGAGAUUUCAGUCCUGAUGGCCUGUUGGAAGCAGAACAACUUUGUGGACAGUUUGUGCUGUAAUGAGACUAAUGCCUUCUAUACCUGUGUAGCGAAGGCUCAGGCAGCUAUGAAGAAUAACUCAGGACAGAGCAACAUCCAGGGUGGACGUCUGCCACCGAAACAAGCCACAAUCCUGCUAAAGAGAUACCCCAACCAGAGAUCUGAGAUCUAAGAAACAAACUGUUGAAUGCAUUUGCUAUACAGACUCGAAAUGUGCAGAAUAACAGAAAAGCCUCUGGACUGAGUUUUGAAACUCGGUUUCAUCAUGUUAAGGUGUUCAGAGUUGUCAACUAUUGUGUGAUUCAAUAAUGUGGUGACGUAUAUAUUUCAUUAAAAACUAACUAAAGCAUGGA